GGAUGUACGAGGCCUUUCCUCAUCUUAGAAAAUCAAUGGAUGAGCCCUUUCCUAUUCCCCGCAUCCUCAGAUGGCACACUACAAAGAGUGACCAGAUAAUUGAAGGCGACCUAUUCAAGUACAAAGGAAAAGUUACUGAGAACGUGUACUCGUACAUCAUUCCUACUGUUCGUGAGAUGAAGAUGAAUUACAUGAUUACCUUUGAGCCAUAUACGGACGAGGUGAAGCAUAGCGUCCUUGAUGGAUUAAAGAAAGAGUUAGAAGGGGUAACUGUCCUUAUUUCAAAUAAGGACAGUGAUGAUGACGAGGAUUUGGGUAGUAACUCCGUUGAAGUAUGCAUUGGUGAUGAUGAUAGUUCGAGUACCUCCAAAGAUGCAGCGGAUACCUCAUCCCCCGAGGAUCUUAAUAAGCGUGUUGCUGCGCUCGAGGAAGUGGUGUUGGUAUUGUUGCCUAUAUUAGAGAGAAAAGACCAAAGAAAAAAGAAUAGUAUGAGCGACAACACGAGCGAGGUAACUUUAUUCAAUAAUUGAUGUUGUUAAUCAAUUUUCAGCUUUAAA